AGACUUGGUCGCAUCGUCAUGAGCAGCCAACGCCCGAGCCAGAACUGGAUCCACGAGCAAGCGGCCGAGUACGCGGACCUCGUGAACGACUCGAGCUUCGCCAGCGUCUCGGGCCAUGCAAGCGACGACCCGAACGAGUACCAGCUCAUCUGGGAGGGCGGCGACCUCGGCGUCGCGCUCACGACCAACCCCAGCGGCAGUGGCGUCAGUGUGAGCCGCAUCACGGGCAAGGGCUUCCCCCAAGGCAUCAAGAGCGUCGUGCCCGGCGACGUGCUCUUGGGCGUGAACGAGCUUGAUACGCUCUACUUGACGCUGGAGGAUGUCGUGAAAUUCCUGCAAGAGUGCGACCUGCCCGCGACCCUUCGCCUCACACGCGUCGAAAACGUGGCCACACACAUGGCCGCCAACCCGCGUCCGUCGAGCGGUCGCUCCAGUGUCAAGUCGCGCCCGUCGUACCAGCGCCAGACGUACACGCCGCCGACCAAGGUGCACGCGCCUGUCAGCGACGUCGUAACGAGCCCGACCAACGCGGGUCGGCCGCCUUCGUCCAAGAAGAAGGGCAUUGCGGGUGCGUAUGGCCGUACGUCGUACCAGCAGCAACAAGCGGUGUCGGCGCCAUCGAUGCCCAAGCCGAUGCCGAAGCAUCAGCCAGAGCCCGUCGUUCAGAAGCCGACGCCGGCCCCGGCGCCGGUCGUCUUCGAGGACGAAAGCGACGACGACGAUGAGCCGAUCGUGAUGCCCACGAUUCCAGCUGCGCCGCAGACGACGUUGAAGUCACCGUACAUGACGCAGCCAGCCGCGACGUCGGCCGAGAAGCCGGCGCCGACCAAGUCCAUCCUCAAGCCGUCGCCGCACCCGAACGCACCCAUGAAGCCCCCGUCGCCGAUCCACGUUGCAUCGAACCACGAUAGUCUUCGCUUCUCGGACGACGGUCGGCCGUCGGCGCCGGUCGACAGCCUUCGCGGCUCAGCGACGUCGAACGCGUCGACGGCGAUUGCGAUGAGCGAGCACAUGCAAAAGAUGUCGUUUAGCAUCGACGACGAGCUGCCGGCGAAAGAGAGCAAGGUGCAAGAGUCGGGCCCGAUCGCGAUGAUGGACGAGACGCUCGACGAGCUCCCGAUUCUCGACAACGACUCGAUCCACGAUUCGUUCAUCAAGCUCGUCGACGAAGACGCGGCCGAGCGCGAAAUGAAGGAGGAGCUGGACCAGGUCUUUGAGGACGACGAAGAUUACGAGAACGACAUCGAGGGCUCCGACUCGGGCGAAGAGGACCACCAGAUGGAGCUGCCGCCGUCGACGCGUGCGCCUCCGCCGUACAUGCCCGAGGUCCGGGACACCAUGCGCGUGACGCAGCAGCCGCCGCCACCGGGGCCAUCGGUGGCCAUGAGCAGCAUCCACGAUGCCGCUGCGAAAGGUGACCUCCGGACCGUCCUCACGAUCCUUCGCCACGACAAGGCGGGCCCCGAGUGCCUCCUCAAGCGCGAGCCAAACCACGGCCACACGGCGCUGCACUUGGCCGUCAAGAGCGGGAACGUGCCGCUCGUGCAGAUGAUGCUCGACCAGUUUGCGGGCAUGGGGCCGUCCGCAGAGCUCCUGUCGGUCGAGGACGACAAGGGCAACACGGCGCUGCAUUUUGCAGCGACCAAGACGCCGCACAUGGUGCACUUGCUGCUCGAGAACGGUGCGCCGGUCAACGUCAAGAACUCGCGCGGCCUCACGCCGCUUGUGAUUGCGAUUUUGACCAACAAGAAGGACGACAUUAUCAUAGUCAACAUGCUGCUCAAGUACGGCGCCAACCCGAACGAGAUCCACGAGACGGCGACGAUCGUGCACACGGCGGUCAACAUGCGGCUCAUCAAGGUCGCCGGCGCCCUGGUCAAAGCCGGCGCCAAGCUCGACGUCGAGGACUCGGACGGCAAAAACGUGUUUGAGAAAUGCUCCCGCACGUCGCUGCGGUACCUCCUCUCGCACAUUUACUACCCGCCGACGUUCAUCUCGGAGAAGGAGCGGGCGGCGUGCAUGCUCUGCCUCAAGAAGAUUGGCUUUGGCCACCGCAAGCACAACUGCACGCACUGCGGCCGCCUCUGCUGCACCGAAGACGCGAGCGUCGCGAUUCCGUUUGUACAGUUUCCCCAAGGCUUUCCCGGUCGCGUCCACAAGGGCGCCGGUGUCCUCGAGGAGAAGCGGUGCUGCAAGACGUGCUUCAACAUCCUGCGCGAACGGGCCGCGGCCGCCGCGCCCAAGGAAACCGGCGGCUUUGUCUCGCGCGUCAUUGGCGUCGAGUGGGAUGAAGUCAACCCGAACAAGCUCCAGAAGGUCUCGGCGCCGGGCCGCCGGCGAGGCUAAGAACCGGUGCUGCGUUCGGCGCCUGGUUACAAAGGAAUGACGAGGCAGAUCACGGACUUGCGCUGUUUGGACUGUAAUUGAGGAUAGAACAUACUUUCACUGUG